CUUUAUUAGUGUUGCCUGGGAACGAGGCUAUCAAACCAUUUUCUAUCCUGGUUUCGGAGUGUAGUAGCCUCUAGUGAAUAAACUACGAAACGAAUACUAACGUACUAUUUACUAAAAUUUAAUCAGAACAAUGUAGUUAUUAAAUUUAUUGAAAGUUUAAUUAGAAGUAAAGUGAAGUUUAAUUUAUAUUUCAUGUAUUGGUGAUCCGGCACGUCGAGAACAACAUAAGUGUUUUCUUCGACAUCGUUAUGGCCGCUAAAAUUUAACUAGACAGAAUAUAACCCGCCUUAACCUCAUUCCACAACUUGUAAACAAUUUGUGCUGAAUUAAAAAUCAAAAUAGGACGGACACAAACAUGAAGUCUACUGUUAAACUUGAACGGCACGAUGAAGCCGAGAUUCAAGAGUUAGCGGCAAAGAUGAUCGAGGCUAACAGGAUGAAAAUGUCUGUCCCAGCAAGACCUCCGGCGCCUACAUCAACAGUGUCGGUCACUCCUGUUGGGAAUGAUACAUCGAAAAGUCUCGGCGACGAGGAAUCCAUUCGGGGACGCUUCGGAUGGGUGGAACUAGGAAAGAAUCCCAUUCCAUACAUAAUCAGGUCAGGAGAGAAAUAUUGUGCCGUAAGAAUGGUAGAAGUAAAAGUUCUUAAUAAAUAUUUAAAUUUUUUGCACCAAGACAUUUAUAACUGUACGUGUAUUCGUAGUUACUACAUUACGGAGGCGGAAUGUCGGCUACUAAACGAAAUAAACUUCAAACAUUGUGACUAUCAGUUCGGUCGUGAACAGUAUACGUCGCGCGAUCUAAUCGUUAGGCUAGCGGACGCGAUCGAAUUUUAUAAAUUCUUAGAUUCGUGUUAUUCGAAGCUUUUAAAUGGAAGUGCAAAUCCGCUCGACAGGUGUGGAUUUAUCCGCAUAAAUAAAGAGUCGGUGGUUCCCUACACGGUUUACUCAGGACACAAAUACGUUCCUUUAUUUUAUUUUGAAGGCGAAACAGACACUUUGAAAUUAAAAGCCGAUACCUUAGAAGGCUGGGACUUGUCUUAUUUAAAAUUCUGUUGUAAAGUGCAAGGAAUACGAAACGAACUCUUUUGUCACGACUCCUGUGCGGUCAUCAGUUUAGCGGAUAUCAAAAAUUACUUUCCACCCGGGACGUUAUUCGAAGACUACUGGCCUAGCAAAUUAUCCGAUUCCCAAUUAUUGAUCAAUGGGAAAACGCCGAGUCAAGGGGGCCAAUGGAUUCGGCAACCGGCCGGUCCACCCAUUGCUCACGCUCUACCUCCGCCAUCUCCGAAACCGGCAACGCAAGCGAAGGCCGCCACCAACAAUAUCCACAAUGUACAAUCGCUGUAUACGACAUACGGCUUAACCGGCGGACAACCAGCCUACACUGCCUUACAACCUCGAACGGCCCAGUCUGCAGUGAGGCCCUCGUAUCCAUCUACGGCCGCCACAUCGAGACAACCGCGACCGCCGUACUACAAUAGCAUGAACCAACCGCCACCACCACUAAUCAGAUCGUCCCAACAAAAGCCUCCAAAGGCUAGAGGUAUGCCAAGUGCCCUAAGAACUUCACGGCCGCUUCGUAAACGGACUACUGCCUACAGCAAUGCCCAAACCUCUGCAACGCCGUAUAUGUUAAUGAGCGAACCUGGACUAGCACAACAAGGGUACCGGCAACCUGCGGCAGAAUUACAUAAGUAUCCACCUCCACCUCUUAUACCUGUUCGACACAUAAAUGGAGAGGUAAGAUACCAGUCACCUGCAAAUCACUAUCGGACAGCAGACGUCGUCGAUCUCAGCCCCACAAAUAGCACUGGUCCAGGAAGUCACGCACCUAUCAUCAAUCAACAACCUGCACACCAACAACCUCCACGUACUCAGGCACAAGACGAACAAAAUAUGAGUAAUGGCAGGUUAACUAUGAACAGUUUGCAACGGAAGCUCACUCAAAUCCCCGAAACGCCGACAAGUGGCAGCCAUAUACCAUAUAAGAUGCAGAAAGCGUUGAUCGAAAGUAGAAUGGUUCCCUGUAUUAAUAUGAAACCCUAUGUAUAUAGCGAUCUGUUGGUAACCAUACCUGAUUUAACGGAGCAGUUAUUCAACAACGUACCAUCGCAGUCGUGCCAGCAAGUGAUGCAGGUGUUGGGGAUUGAACUGUUUAAGGGAAACGAGUCUCAAAUGCGUGUGCUAUACGAAAAUGGCAAAUGUCAAAGUAUAAAUGAUAGUAUACCGUUAGUGCCAGUACGACUUGUAUUGGAAUUUAUGCCUCAACUGAAAUAUAUGUUGGGCGGCAUAAUCAGUUCGGAGGUCGCGGCAAAACGGCAACGUGCGAGCUAGGAUUGGGCAAGUAUGUGGGACUACAGUCUACUUAACUAAUAAAUUCGCGAACGCGCGAAUUCAUUUUACGAACCUCACGCAUUCUUGUAGUCUCACGGACCGUGCUACUAGUGUCUAAAUUAUGUGUUACUGAUUAAUGGUUGAAUUAAAAGUUUAUCGUUCCUAUGUGCCGUGCAACAGACGUUGUUUUUGUGCACACAAACAUCGUUACCUUCUGGUUCAAGGGAGGCAUUGAUUAAUAAAUAAAUGAAAUUGUACUCAUUCAAAACUGCUGUUGAGCAGUUUAGUUGUAAAGAAAUUUUUUUUAUAAACAAAUGUAGACUUGAAUUGUAUAUAUUAUUUAUAGGACGUUGUGUCAGAUUAUUUAAAGAACGAGUUCCGAAACAGAAGCAGAUAUUUUCAUUCCAAUAUUUAUUGAGAUGAUGCUUAAAUCAGUAUUAAUGUAUGAGGACUGUUUAAUACACAGCGAUGCCAAACAGCCACUAUAAGACAAAUAUGCACUCAUACGCUCUUCAUUUUUUUAUAGCGGAAAUUACCGUACUUUUAUUCAGAGAGACCAAAAUUGCUAGGUUUUGACGUUAUUUUUACGUACUCAUAAACAUUUCGCAUAUUGACCGAGUUUAUGAUCCGUAUUAUUAUGUUAUUUAUUUAACUUACUUGCAUUGUGUCAAUUUGCAAUACAUGACCUAUAGAAAGCGGUCUAUUUGUCUGUGGUAGUAGCUAUCCCCAGGGACGUGAACCUACAUGAUAGUUUCUCAUUUACCGUAAGCCACAAAGUCUGCCAAACAUUGUAAAUAUUGUUACUUAGUUUGUGUUUUUUUUUACUGUACCUAAUAUAAUGCAUGGUUGAUCGAUAAGUGACUUGAACGGUCUGAACAUUUAUUCUGUCUUUCUGCAGCUUCUUAGGAUUAGGUAGGUUUUUACAUUUUUUAAAACAGGACCCGUAUGUGCCCUAUUAUGAUUUAUUGAUUAUCAAAGCUUAAAGAAACCUAACGUCUGUCUCGGUGGAAGAAAGCCAAUCAAGAUAUAAUGUAAUUACUUUUAGUAUUGUGUUCGCAUCACAUUGUUUGUUUUGACCCGUUCGGUCCGUCCCUGGCUACCGUGUGUAAGGAAAUUAUACUUGCGGGCCAUGUAAAACACUUAGCUUUUAAGUUGUAUAUACUUUUAGUUUAAAUGAUACUUAAUCGUAUAGACUCGAAUACUGUAAAGUAGUCAUUCGUACACCUACUUACCAGUUGUGAAGUUGUUCUUACUGUUUAUACAGUAUUUUUUACUGUAUCUAUUAGCUUUAUUUAUUAUUUAAAGCAACUUGUGUGAUAAAUUCGAGAGCUAGUGCAAUUUCAUAAAGCUUGAAAAUGUCUGUAAUGUUUCCGAACGUAAACAUUUUUGUACUGUAUCUAAAAAUAUUUAUUUAAAAAUUACGCAAGUAAAUAUAUCAGUGUGAAUAAAUUGUCCAGGGUAGGGGAUAUAACAUAGAUUUUAAAAAUGAUCAUAUUCCAUUACUUGUAGAGUUUAAAUCAUAUUUAUAUUAUUUACGUAUACUUUUUCCUCGCUAGAUCUGAGCGUUAUCUUUAAAUAGUAAAUUCGACAUAUGUUAGUUUCUCCUGCCUGUGAUGUAAAAAUUGAUUUACGAUUCAGUAUUUCGGUAAAUCAUCUAGUGAAAUUCAUUCUGCUCUCCAAUUAUUUUUAUAACAAAUAUUCUAAUCGUUUUCCUUUAAUAAGUUUAAAUUAUGUUUUUUUCUGUUAUGAAUCGUUUUAUCAUUCAUUGUAAAUAUAGGAUCCUGAUUCUAAAUUUACGGUUUCGUUUGUCAUCAAGCCAUGCAAUCUGGUAUAAUUAUGUUUUAUAAUUUGAAUCUUAAUAUGGAACAUGACACGUUCUCAUCCGUUUUGACGAAAUUUUUAUUCCGCUUCUAUGAAAAUGAAAAUGUAAUUAUCAUUAUUGCAUCGCUCUACAGUUUACUUUCAAUC